AUUCUUAUAAACGAUAAUAAUCGCGAGGAAAUAACUUUUCUGUGUAAUUUUUAAUAAAUGCUGUUAAUAAAAUGCUUAACUCUGUUGUUAGUAUAUUUGUGCGAUCAUCGAUUAAAAGCAGAAGCUAAGGAAAGAAAGCAUGUGAUUUGUUAUCAUGGCACUUGGUCCGCAUACCGCCCGUCUUAUGGUAAAUUCGAUGUCGCCACCGAUAUUGAUCCCUUCCUCUGCACACAUCUAAUGUACGCUUUCUUCGGGAUACAAGAAACCGGUGAAUUGCGUAUCAUUGAUCCAUAUCUGGAUUUAGAGGAUAAUUAUGGUCGCGGCAAUAUCAGAAAACUUAAUUCUUUGAAGAUGAAAAAUCCAACAUUGAGAACGUUGGCGGCGGUCGGUGGAUGGAAUGAGGGCUCGAAAAAGUUUUCUAUUGUAGCUGCUGAUCCCGAGAAACGAGCAAGAUUUGUACAAUCGGUGGUAGAAUUUAUACAAAGGCAUGGCUUUGAUGGUCUUGACUUGGAUUGGGAAUAUCCAAACCAACGUCAUAGAUUAGGCAACAACGACCGUGAAAACUAUAUCGCAUUACUGAAAGACCUAAAAGAAGGGCUAGAACCAUUUGGUUACUUGCUAACAGCUGCUGUGGGUUCAGUGCAACUUUCGGCGGAAAUGUCUUAUGAUAUCCCAGAGAUGUGUAAAUAUUUAGAUAUCGUUAAUGUAAUGGCGUACGAUUUGCAUGGUCCUUGGGAUAAAGGGGUGGGAAUCAACGCUCCUUUACAUGCCGGUUCAGCGGAUAACACCAAUUACACCAGACAGCUUAAUUUAGAGGCGAUUGUCAAAUAUUGGCUUAGCAAAGGAACACCUCGUAAUAAAUUGGUUAUUGGUGUCCCAUUUUAUGGACGUACUUUUAAUUUGGAAAAUCCAUUACAACACAAUGUGGGAGCACCUCAUAUUGGUCGCGGGAUACCGGGCUCAUAUUCGAGAGAGCCUGGUGUAAUUGGUUACAAUGAAUUGUGCGAGCUUUUCCAGAAGGAAUCGGAUCAAUGGCAUUUGGAUUGGGAUGAGCAACAAAUGGUGCCCUAUGCUUAUCGUGACAAUCAAUGGGUUGGCUAUGAGAAUGAAGAGAGUAUCGCCUUGAAAGCCGAUUAUAUUAUCGCAGAAAAUUUGGCCGGCAUUAUGGUCUGGUCCAUAGAAUCGGAUGACUUUCGUGGCAUUUGCAGUUCGCGACGUUAUCCUUUGCUUCGUCUAAUAAAUAAUAAAAUUCAUGGCGAUUUGGUACUGGACUUGGAGAAAGAUGUCAAACAUGAAUCUGCCUCUCUGCCCUUAAUUGAUUCAAAAUUUAUUAACAAUUUCGGGUGCGAUACCGAAAAUGGUUAUGUUCGCGAUUUAAAAAAUUGCUCGAAAUUUUAUUUUUGUGAUUCUGGCUCCGCGUACAAUUUUGAAUGCAUUUCGCCCUUGAAAUUCGACAUAAAUAUUUUAGCGUGCAAUUAUCCGAACUUGGUUGAUUGCAACUGAACAUAAACUUUCCGCACUCCCUUGAUUGAAAUACCUUUAGUAUAAGUGAAUUUUACAAUAAAGUAUUUUUUC